AACUCAAGUUUAGCUCGUGUGACAACUGGAUCUCGUCAUCACACACAUUGAAUUAUCAUUAACGUAUCAGUCCGUCGAGCUCGACCUCUAACAGCAACCAUGGCCAAGGUCAAUUUCACAGGUGUAUGGAAGCACACCAAAGACGAGAAGUUCGACGACCUCCUUAAGGCUCUCGGUGUCAGCAUAAUCAAAAGAAAAGCCAUCACCGCCCUGUCACCUCAGCAGGAGAUCACCCAAAAUGGAGACCAGUUCGUCGUCACGAAUAAGACAUCGAUCAAGACAGAGUCACUGGAGUUCACUGUAGCCCGAGAGUUCAAGUUCAAGAAUCCUCUCUCGGGAAGAGAAGAGAUGCUGCUGGUUGAGCGGGAUGGGGAUAAAAUUGUCACCACGAAUAAGAUGGAUCCAAAUGGAGUUGUAGGAACGAGAGAGUUGAUAGAUGCCAAUCAUAUGAUACUGACACGAAGGAAAGGUGAUGUCACAGCCGUCAGACAUUUCAACAAAGUAUGAUUGUAUGAUUAACACUCGUCUGUCAAUUUUUGUUGCCCCCUUUCACCGUAUUUUAUGUAUUUAAUUAUGAAAAUAAUACCAUGAUAUUUUAAUGGAAUAUGGAAUCAUUAUUUUUAUUCAAAAAAAAAAAUCAGUUUAUGAACCUAAUUCCUUUGACUAAUCUUUCCAGCUGCCAAAUAGAUGAUUACAUAUUUGUACUGAAGUAACCUAUUAUUUCGAUAAGGAAUAAUAGAAAAAGAAACAUUAACGAAUGCACGUGGCGUUACAAUUGCUCAUCCAUGUAUAAGUUUCUUCAUGGCACUGAAUUUACGGUCAUUAUUGCAAGAAGACCUGUUCCCCAAAAUGUGUUAUCAAUAACAAGUUUAUAUUAGCUACUAAAAUUGUUUAUUUGAUUGACUGGAGGACAUUUCUUCGAAACUUGUGAUAGCUUUUAUUAACAUUAAUUUUAUUAAAACAUUGCCUGGAUGAGGAA